AUGGAGAAUAAAGUCGAAGACGAAAUAAGGAAGCGGUGGGAGGUUGAAGCGGCGGAGCGGAGAAAGGAAGAAGAGGAGGGUGGGAGGCAGAGGCCAAAGAAGAGGGUGAGGGCUAUUGAAUACACAAACGACGAUGGCGAGUUUGUGCUCGGGUCGAAGAAGAAGACGACGGGGAGGGCUGCGGCUACUCGGGCGAAGAGCAGGAUCAUUGAGAUUGGGGAGGAAGAUGGGGUUGUGGAGUUGGACUGA